AUGUCGGACCCCAUCUCUAUCACCGGUGCGGGAAAUGAGCUGGAUUUGACGCUGACUCCGUGCGCUGUCUGUAGCCAAACUUCCACCGAAAAUGAAGCGAUGGUAGGCUGCGACGGUUGCAACCGUUGGUUCCACUACCGAUGCGUCGGAGUGACCUCAGCGGUGAAAAAGGAGAAGAGGUGGUACUGCACUGAUGGUGUUUGUCAAGUGCUUGCUCAAGAGUACCUGAAGAACAAAAGGCCUCGGCCGAAGAAGACAUCGGAGUCGUCGGAAGCUUCCGUUUCGAAAUCAGGUACGCUCACUCUAGAGCAGAGACGAAAGGCUUUGCAAGAAAAGCAAAGGCGUCUUGAGCAGGAGCUCGAAGAUGAGAUGUUGCUGAAAGAGGAAGAGAGCAACAUGGAGCGUGCGUUAGAGAAAAAGCGAAUGCUUUUCGAGGAGAAAAUGCGCCAAAAGGAGCUGCAGGAAACGAGCAUCCUUUAUGCAGAAGCGUUGCGAAAGAAGCAGGAGCAUAUAAUGCGGAUGAAGUCCAACCAGAGCUCAUUUGAGAAGGCGAUGGCUGCUCUGGAUGAAGAGCUAAAAAAAGUCAAAGUUGAGAACGUUAAACCGCUAAAAGUUUCCAACGUCGAGCAGUUGGAAAAAGAUGCCGGUGAAAGCGAUACUGCUUUGGAAAGCGACGAAGAAGACCAACCUUGUUCGGUAAUUUCGGAGAUUCAAUCUGCGAAAAGCGUCGAACGUACUCGGAAACGAUCUGAGCAAGCAAACGAUGGAAGCCAAUACGGGCUGGGGCAACAUCGGACCGGGCCGACGAAAGCUCAGUUGGCAGCUAGAAAUGGGAUUACCAAAAAGCUUCCCUGCUUUUCCGGAAAACCAGAAGAGUGGCCACUGUUUUUCGGUACGUAUCAAGCCUCGAACGAAGCCUGCGGCUACACCGAUGUCGAGAACCUUGUGCGACUGCAGGAGAGCCUUAAGGGACCGGCCCUAGAGUGGGUGCGCGGCCAACUAAUUCUUCCGCAGACCGUUCCGAGGGUAAUUAUCAAGCUGCAACAGCUGUACGGUCGUCCGGAACAAUUGCUACAGAGCCACCUGGAGAAAGUCCGCAAACUGGAGUCGCCGAGAGCUGAUAAGCUUGCCAGCUUCAUCCCUUUCGGGAACGCUGUGGAGCAACUGUGCGAACAUCUGGAAGCAGCAAAUCUCAAGCAGCACCUCGUAAAUCCGCUGCUUAUCCAGGAUCUCGUCGACAAGCUUCCUGACAGUGAAAAACGACAGUGGGUUCGCUUCAAGCGGUGCGCCGAUGAAGUAACAUUGAGGACAUUCACAGAGUUUCUGUCAGAAAUAGUGGCGGACGCUUGCGAAGCGAAUGUAAGCAUGGAGUACAAGCUCGCGACUAAACCUGCAAGCGGUGGCCAGUUCGGGAGAGAACACGCAAAAGGGAGAGGAGCAAUGUACUACCAUAGUGAAGAGGAGAACUUGGAUGAAACCGCGAACGUCGAGCGGACAAGCUUUCGGCCGUGCAAAGUGUGUCAGUGUACUGACCAUCGUCUGCGGCAUUGUGCAGAGUUUAAGAAAUUACGAUAUGUUGACCGGCUGAAGGUUGUGAAUCACUGGAAACUUUGCUGUGUUUGUCUGAAUGACCACAGCGGACGGUGCGGUUUCAAAAUACAGUGCAAUGUGGGAGAAUGCAGAGAACGACACAAUCCGUUGAUGCAUCCGGUGAAUACCGUGGUUGGUAUAAGUGCUCACAUCUGGAAUCAAACGAAAGUUAUGUUUCGAAUGAUUCCCGCUCAGUUGCACUUUGGAGGGCGAUCGAUUACGGUACUGGCGUUUUUGGACGAAGGAGCGUCCGUUACACUCAUCGAGAAAAGGAUGGCAGAUCGUCUUGGACUUGUGGGUGUCCCGGAGAAGCUGACCAUUAAGUGGACAGCAGAUAUCACGCGAGUGGAGAAGGAUUCCAGCCGGAUGAAUGUGUGGGCAUCGGCAGUCGGAAGUAAAGACAAGGUGUUGCUGCACACGGUUCGAACGGUAGAGAAGCUGAUGUUGCCGCAUCAAAAACUGGACUCCAAGGAGAUUUCAACCCAGUUCAAGCACAUGCGGGGAUUACCGAUCGCGUCGUACGAUGGACAACCCGGAAUACUUAUAGGGCUCAACAAUGUGCAUUCAUUUGUGCCGUUGGAAGCGAAGAUCGGUGCGACUGCAGAGCCAAUAGCGGUGAAGUGCAAACUUGGAUGGACUGUGUACGGCCCGAGACAGUCGAACACUGCCUUUGAUGGUGGGUAUAUGGGUUAUCACCACGAAGUAAGCAACGAGGCCCUGCAUGACCUGCUGAAAAGCCACUACGCUCUGGAGGAAUCGGUCGUGGCGGUCGCGCAGGAAUCGGCAGAGGAUAAACGAGCGCGAGAGAUAAUGGAGCGGACCACAAAAAGGGUGGGAAAUCGCUUCGAGACCGGACUACUGUGGAGGACAGAUGAUCCACGAUUUCCGGACAGCUUUCCGAUGGCCCUGCACAGGAUGAAGCAGCUGGAGAAAAAACUGGAGAGAAAUCCGGAGUUGCACAAGAACGUUUGUCGGCAGAUAGAAGAGUUUCAGCAGAAAGGAUAUGCACACCUGGCAACUGCAGAAGAAUUGAUCCGUGCGGAAACAGAUAAGGUGUGGUACCUACCGUUGAAUGUGGUGACAAAUCCCAGAAAGCCUGGCAAAGUGCGCUUGGUAUGGGACGCCGCAGCUUCGGUGCAAGGAGUGUCACUCAACACGCAGCUACUGACGGGACCCGACUUGCUGAUUCCACUGGUGCAAGUGAUAGUAGGUUUCCGGGAGCGACGGAUUGCAUUCGGUGGCGAUCUUCGAGAAAUGUACCACCAGGUGAAGAUCGUCGAACGCGACAGACAGGCUCAACGCUUCGUGUUCCGGAAGAAUUUCGGGGAGAAGCCAAGCAUUUUUGUAAUGGACGUUGCGACGUUUGGCUCUACAUGCUCUCCUAGUUCGGCACAGUACAUCAAAAACAAGAACGCAGAAGAACACGCUGUUCAAUAUCCAGAGGCGGCAGCGGCCAUAAUCCAUCGUCACUACGUCGACGAUUAUUUCGACAGUGUCAACACCGUCGAAGAGGCCAUCAACCGGGCGAUGCAGGUGCGUACAAUUCACAAAAAUGGUGGGUUUGAAAUCCGGAACUGGGUUUCCAAUGUACCUGAAGUUCUCCGAAUGCUGGGGGAAGAAAACCAAGUCACGCCAGUACACUUUGGUCGGGACAAGCAGAGUUGCAGUGAACGAGUUCUUGGCAUCAUUUGGGAUCCAAACAUGGAUGAGUUUUCCUUCUCUACGCUGCACCGUCCGGAGAUGAUGGCGUACUUAUGCAACGAGAAACGACCCACGAAGCAGAUUGCAUUAAGCUGCGUGAUGGGAUUCUUUGACCCGAUGGGAUUGCUGUCUCCUUUCACAAUCCACGGCAAAAUAAUCAUCCAGCACCACUGGCGAUUGGGCUGCGAUUGGAAGCAGGAGAUCGACGACGAGAGCUGGCACUUAUGGAAGCGAUGGACUGGCCUGCUGCCAGAGGUGGAUGCAGUUCGGAUCACACGCUGCUACCUCGGGAAUGCUGCGUCUUCAGCCGUUGAGCCGCUGGAACUUCACAUCUUUACUGAUGCCAGUGAACACGCAUACGGAUGUGUAGCGUACUUGCGAGCGGUGAUCAACGGAAACGUACGAUGUAGCUUAGUGAUGUCACGAGCGAAAGUGGCUCCACUGAAACGUCAGUCGAUUCCACGCUGGCUGCAAUCGGAUCAGUACAAGUUUAAGCAGUUCAUAGCCUUCAGAGUCGGCGAAAUUCUUGAACUGACAAGGGUAAUCGACUGGCGCUGGUUGCCGACGAAGCUGAAUAUUGCGGAUGUGCUGACUAAGUGGGGAUCCGGGCCCCCGCUGAGCAGCGACGGAGAGUGGUUCAACGGGAAAUCAUUCCUGUAUUCUCCGGAAGAGGAGUGGCCGAGCAAGGUGAUGCCGUUUGAGGAAACUAGCGAAGAGGCGAGAGGAGUAGUGCUAUUCCAAGAACUGAUCGACGUCAAGGCUACUUCGCGGUGGAUGGGACUGGUGAGAGUGACUGCAAGCGUGGUUCGCUUCAUUGCGAAUUGUCGGCGAAAAAAAAUGGGACAGCCGAUCGUGACGUCGAAAGCCACGGAGACUCAACAGCGGUCGAUUAAGUCGAAGUAUUUGGCGAUUGUAAAACCGCUCCAGCAGGAGGAACUCCUGAAAGCCGAAACGAUCCUGUGGAAGCAGGCGCAGUUCGACAGUUUCCCGGACGAAAUGAGUGCGUUGACCAAGAAUCUCAAUCUGGAGCCGGGACAGAUGCCUUCGAAAAUACAGCGGUCGAGUACCCUGGUCAAACUGACUCCGAUACUGGACGAUGAAGGUGUGCUGCGGAUGGGAGGAAGAUUCGAAAAAUCGGACGACAUCUCGUUCGACCAGAAGUUUCCGAUCAUUCUUGCUCGGCAGCACGACAUCACCAAGAAGUUGAUUCAGUGCUACCACGAAAGGUUCGGACAUGCGAAUCGAGAGACGGUUUGCAACGAGUUGCGUCAGAAGUUCUGGAUUCCGAAUAUCCGUGCAGCGAUUAUGGAAGUGAUGCGGGAGUGCAUGUGGUGCAAAGUCCAUAGAUGUCGUCCACAAGUACCAAUGAUGGCGCCUCUCCCGACUCGACGCAUCAGAGCAGGAAUUCGUCCUUUCAGUUCGGUCGGCUUAGACUACUUGGGACCAGUAGAUGUAUCGGUGGGAAGAAGAAAAGAGAAGCGAUGGGUGGCCGUGUUUACGUGUCUCGCCAUCAGAGCGGUGCAUCUCGAGGUGGUGAACAGCCUGACAACACAAUCGUGGCCAUCCGCCGGUUUUCCUGGUGCUAACAACGAGAUGCUGAAAACGUUACAUGGCGAUUGUGAGGAGGAAAUCACAACUGCAAGAACGGCCUGGCGAUUCAUUCCGCCUGGCACCCCGCACAUGGGUGGUGCAUGGGAGCGAAUGGUUCGUUCCGUGAAGGAGGCAAUGAAGGCAUUGGAAGAUGGAAGGAAGCUGACAGACGAGAUUCUGGUGACAACACUGGCGGAGGCAGAGGACAUGAUAAACACACGUCCUCUCACGUACAUGCCUCAGGCGUCUGCCGAAAAUGAAGCUCUGACACCGAACCAUUUUCUACGAGGAAUAGUAAAGGGCGCGAAUCUCCUAGUGGACAGCGGUGGGAAUCUAGCGGAGGCUUUGCGUGACGUGUACAAGCGAUCGCAGUACCUGGCAGACCGGAUGUGGGAACGUUGGAGCAAGGAAUAUUUGCCAACGAUAAACCGUCGCACAAAGUGGUAUGAUGAACGAAAGCCGCUGGAAGCAGGCGACCUUGUCUUCGUCGUGGAUGGUAAGGACCGGAAGAAUUGGUCUAGAGGAAUUGUCGAGGAGGUGGUUCAAGGGUCCGAUGGUCGGAUACGUGAAGCGAAAAUAAGGACUGCGGCAGGGAUCCAUAGACGAGCCGUCGCGAAUCUGGCGGUGCUAGAAAUCAAGAAUGGUAAAUCCGGAUGUUCCGAGGAAAUACCGGAUGUUACGGGCUGGGGUGUCAACACCGCUGGGCACACUGGAGUUGACCCAAUCGACUAA